AUCGCGCGGGCUCACCCUUUUUCCCGGGAACUUCGGAAUUUGACUCUCCGAAGCAAAACCAAAUCGGAGCCUCUUCCCCUGGGACACGCCCGUCGAUUCCCGCCGCUCGCUUUCCCCCACCUCCGCCAUGGCCGACGAAUCCGCCACGCAAAGCCAGGCCCAAGGGUGCGGCUCGUACCCCUUCUCGUUCCCUUCCCAGCCGCCGGACAUCAGGAACUGGUUCUCAAGUUACCAGUACGAGUCCCCGGAGGUGCCGGAGCUGGCUAUUGACCCUCCUGCUGUCGACAACGGCAGCGAGACCCAAGACCCGUUGGAGUUCCCGGUGGCUGGGCAUUCAUUUCUGAAAGACGCCCCUGGGAAUGGCGGCACUGAUUUGAAGAGGGACUGUUUUGGGAGCCAAGCUGAGCAUGCUGAGGCUUCUGCUAAGAGAGAUUUCCUUCCGAGUGGUGGGAGCACUGUUGAACAGGGCACGAAAAGGAAGCAAAGCCUGCGGGGGCUGUUUGGUUUUCUGGACCAUGAAGAGGGUACUCAAACUGAAAAUCGGGUGGCGUGGCCUGUGCAGAGAAGUACGGUGGAUCCUCCGUGGAACCGCAACUGGGUAGGCUUACAGAAUAGAAAGCGCAGCCAUGAAGGCAUGGUUGAAUACAGCGAGCUGCCGACAGAUAGUGAGAGCACAUGUAUAGCUGAGACUCAAGCUGAAAGUCGGGUGGCGUUGCCUGUGCUGAAAAGUGCAGUGGAUCGUCUGUGGGACUGCAACUGGAUAGGCUUGCGGAAUAGAAAGCGCAUCCAUGAAGGCGUAGUUGAACACAGCGAGCUGCCGACAGAUAGUGAGAGCACCUGUAUAGCUGAAACUCAGACUGAUAGUCGAGUGGUGUUGCCUGCGCUGAGAGGUGCAGUGGAUCCUCUGUGGGACUGCAACUGGAUAGGCUUAAGGAAUGGCAAGCGCAGCCAUGAAGGCGUAGCUCAACAUAGUGAGCUGCCGAUGGAUAGUGAGGGCACUUGUGUACCUGAAACUCAGUUAAACCCCCCGGGAGGUCAGGAGACCAAACACAGUAAACGUUCGGUUAAUUGUGGUGGUACUAGUUUAGCAGCAGAUACUGAAGAAGGUUUACCAGAAGAUGGCACUGAAAGCAACCUGCCAGUUAAUUUUGACAGUAAAGGCCUAGCAGAUGCGGGGAAAACUGAGCAAAGUCUGCGAGGGUUGUUUGAAGCAGGUUUUCUUGGCAACCGCGAUGAAGCUACUCAAACUGAAAGUCCGGUGGUGUUGCCUGUGCUGAGACGUGCAGUGGAUCCUCGUUGGGACUGCAAUUGGAUAGGCUUACGGAAUAGAAAGCGCAGCCAUGAAGGUGCAGUUGAACACAGCGAGCUGCUGACGGAUAGUGAGGGCACUUGUAUAGCUGAAACUCAAGUAAACCCCCCAGGAGGUCAGCAGAACCACAUCAAACAGCUAGUUCAUUGUGGUGGUACUAGUAAAGCAGCAGAUACUGAAGAAGGUUUCCUAGAAGAUCGCACUGAACAUAGCAACCUGCCAAUUAAUUUUCCUAGUAAAGGCCUAGCGGGUAGUGAGAAGACUAAGCGAAGUCUGCGAAAAUUGUUUGGAGCAGGUUUUCUUGACGAUGGGGAUGAAGCUAAUGAAUCUGAAACUUGGGUGGUGUCGGCUGUACAGAGAAAUGCAGUGCAGCCUCUGUCAAAUUGCAAUGCUGCAGGCUUGCCUCAUAUCGAACAUAUCCAUGAAGGCGCAGUAGGAUACAGUGAGCUACCGGCAGAUCACGAUGUCAUCAGUAUAGCUGAAACUCGAGAAAAUCCACCAGUGGGUCAGGUGAUUGAACACAACAGACUGCCUGUUAACUGUGGUAGUAUGAGUUUAUCAGCAGAUACCGAAGAAGGUUUCCUAGAAGAUGGCAUUGAACACAGCAAAGUGCCAGUCAAUUCUCAUAAUAAAGUCCUAUCUGACAUUGAGAAAACUGGCAUCGAACACCUCGUACUGCCUGUUAAUCCUAAUGGAAUUGGUUCAGCUGUCACAGAAGAAAGCUUUCCUGGAGAUGAAAUUAGACGAAGCAAGCCUAAACUGGAGCAUAAGAAAACAGAAGGAACAGCUGCGGCCGAUGGUUUUGUUGCCAUCAGGACAAAGGUGAAGCCAGCUGAGGAUCGCAGGAAAAACAAAAUGCCUAAGCUCUCAACACGAAGAGAGAACACAACAUUGCAAGAGAACCGCUACAUUUUGGGGACAGGUAGCACUAGAAGCCCCUUGUCAGAUAGGACCAAUAUCUCAGAAGUUGCAGGAGCUCCAGCACAGGAGAUCAGCGGCAAAUGGAAGUGCCCUCGCAAAGGCAAGCCCUACGUUGGCCCUCCGAUGAAACAGCUGCGGUUGGAACAAUGGGUGCGCCGAGUUUAACAGUUUUACAUUGUUAGCUUUGGUAAGGAGAGUUUGCAUCAGGGCGAAGCCUGGAGUCUUCACCUGAAAUAUUAGGUACCAUGUUCAGCUUUGGUAUUCCUGCCCAGCCUGCAGUAGAAGUGCAUCUGCUUUGCAUCCACCAGAAGAUCCUUCACACCUGCUGCUACAUUCAUCUCUCUGUUAUGGUGUCGUGGUACGUGCAGCUGACUGAAUCUACUAAAAAGAGUGCAGAACUUGACAUCAGGCGUUCAGUUGUGAUUGAACUAAUUUUUGCCCUUUGAAGCGUUGUGAAUUGGGAUCUGUUGAACAUGUAGCACUAGCUGUUUUACAGCCUUGAAAGUGGCACGGCAUAACAUGGUGCUCCCACCAUGAUGGAUUAGUAUUUUUUUAGUGGAAAAUUAACAAUGAACUGCUUCUUUUGUUGGUAAGAACCAGUGUAAUUUAUUAUGAAAUAUAUACAAGCAACUCGAUCGGAGACGCGCAUGCCCGUCCCUCUAUGGAUAUAACGAAAGGAUUACAUGAUAA